AUGGCGAACAACAGCAGAUUGCUUGCUCCUCCCAUACUCGUUAAUACCUCGCAGAUCGAUCAAUCGAGUUCAGACUCGAGAUCUAUCAAUGAGGAUGCUAUCUCGCGUAACAAUGAUAGCUCACUCCUCGCUCCCAACAGUCCCGCCUCGUACGAUGGAGAGACUCUCCGCUCACGGUCGGGCUCAUUCCUUUCAAAUGUAGAGACCCUGAGAUCAAGAGCCGGCUCAACGGCUCAUUCAGUGCCCGGCAAGGGGGAUUACGAUGACGUCCCCUUAUCCGAAGCGUUGAACCCAGACCAGAGAAACGAAAAUGAUUUCCAAGUGGAAAAUAACCCAUUCGCCUUCUCCCCCGGCCAACUGAAUAAAAUGCUGAACCCCAAGUCUCUCAACGCGUUCGUGGCGCUCGGGGGGCUUCAUGGCUUGGAGCGUGGCCUCCGGACAAAUCUCACGUCUGGUUUAUCAAUUGACGAAACCAAACUCGAGGGAACCGUUACGUUUGACGAGGCGACCAAGAACGCAGCAUCUGGGAAAUAUCAGCCUGAAUUCAAGCACGAAUUGGCAAAAAUGCCCACCGAGGCUGGGAUCCCGGUUGAAUCGCAGUUCGUGGAUCGUUUGCGGGUCUAUCAGUCCAAUAAGUUACCAGAGAGAAAGACGGAUGGUUUUCUAGUUCUUCUAUGGAGAGCGUACAAUGACAAAAUCAUUAUACUGCUUACCAUUGCUGCUGUUGUCUCUCUUUCUCUCGGACUCUACGAAACAUUCAGUGGAGGGUCGCCGGUUGAUUGGAUCGAGGGUGUUGCGAUUUGCGUGGCGAUUCUGAUAGUCACCCUUGUUACGGCUUUGAAUGACUGGCAGAAAGAGCGGCAAUUUGUCAAACUGAACAGAAGGAAAAACGACCGUCAAGUCAAGGUUAUCCGUUCAGGAAAAUCAGUCAUGGUCUCAGUCCACGAUAUUACUGUAGGCGAUAUUUUGCACAUGGAACCCGGCGAUGCAAUUCCAGCGGACGGCAUUUUCCUUUCUGGCCAUGGUGUCAAAUGCGACGAAUCAUCCGCGACGGGAGAAUCAGACCAGAUGAAGAAAACCUCAGGAUAUGAAGUUUGGCAACGCAUAAUGGAUGGUUCAGCCACAAAGAAACUCGAUCCUUUCAUCAUUUCUGGGAGCAAGGUUCUGGAAGGUGUCGGCACCUACCUCGUCACUAGCGUUGGACCCAAUUCUACUUAUGGCAAAAUUAUGAUGUCACUACACACUCCUAACGAUCCCACGCCGCUCCAGGUGAAACUAGGAAGACUUGCGAAUUGGAUUGGAGGUAUUGGGACAGGCGCGGCCGUUGUGUUGUUUACGAUCCUUCUCAUUCGAUUUCUUGUGCAGCUCCCUAGUAAUCCUGCAAGCCCGGCGGCGAAAGGCGGCGAAUUUCUGAAUAUUUUGAUUGUCGCUGUCACGGUCAUCGUUGUAGCAAUUCCAGAGGGCCUCCCGUUGGCUGUUACCUUGGCCCUGGCAUUCGCGACCAAGCGCAUGGUUAAGGAAAAUAACCUUGUCCGCAUUCUCCGUGCAUGCGAAACAAUGGGCAAUGCGACUGUUAUCUGCUCAGAUAAAACGGGCACUCUCACUCAAAACAAAAUGACCGUUGUAGCUGGAACUCUAGGCAUUGAGGACAGCUUCAACCAAGCUUCUGAGGAUGGUGAAGGGAUUUCAAAUAUGACAGCGAAGCUCAAGGGUCUUUCUCCCACGGUCCGGGAUCUCCUCGUCAAAGGCAUCGCUUUGAACUCGACUGCCUUCGAAGGCGAAGAGAAAGGCCAAAGAACAUUCAUCGGAAGCAAAACUGAAGUUGCCAUGCUGAACUUUGCACAGAAUUAUCUUGCAUUGAACAAUGUGGCUCAGGAGCGCUCCAAUGCUUAUAUUGUUCAACUCAUUCCAUUCGAUUCUGCUCGCAAGUGUAUGGGUGUUGUUGUGCGCCAGCCGCCGGGAGAUUAUCGACUUCAUGUGAAGGGUGCUGCGGAAAUCUUGCUGAGCAAAGCCAGCAAGGUUAUCUCGAUUACCAACGAUAACCGAUUUGCUCUGGAAACACUCUCAGAAAGCUCACGGAAUAUGGUUUUGGACACUAUUACCACGUACUCGAAACGUUCCCUUCGAAACAUCGGCAUGGUAUACAAGGAUUUCGAAUCGUGGCCUCCAGCUGGCGCAAAGACAAUGGAAGAUGACAAUACGUUGGCUGACUUUGACAAUGUCUUUCAUGAUAUGAACUGGGUUGGUGUCGUGGGUAUUCAAGACCCACUGAGACCUGAGGUUCCCGCUGCUAUUCAGAAGUGCAAUAACGCUGGAGUUUCCGUGAAAAUGGUGACAGGUGACAAUAUAACGACUGCUGUCGCCAUUGCCACGGAAUGCGGCAUCAAGACACCAGACGGGAUCGCAAUGGAAGGACCCAAAUUCCGACAACUUUCGGACAAGGAAAUGGAUAAAAUUCUUCCAAAUCUUCAGGUUCUAGCUCGUUCAUCUCCUGAAGACAAGCGGAUUCUAGUUGCCCGGCUUAAACACCUUGGGGAAACUGUGGCUGUCACUGGAGAUGGCACUAAUGACGGCCCAGCGCUGAAAACUGCUGAUGUUGGAUUCUCCAUGGGCAUUGCAAGUACAGAGGUUGCCAAAGAAGCAAGUUCAAUUAUCCUUUUAGAUGACAACUUCAAGUCCAUUGUCACUGCUAUCUCUUGGGGACGGGCAGUGAACGACGCCGUCGCAAAGUUCCUUCAGUUCCAAAUCACUGUUAACAUCACUGCCGUUUGUCUGACAUUCGUGUCCUCCGUCUCAAGCAGUCGUAAUCAGAGUGUAUUGAGACCGGUGCAAUUGCUAUGGGUGAACCUCAUCAUGGAUACCUUUGCCGCAUUGGCGCUUGCUACCGAUGCCCCCACGGAUAAGAUUCUCAACCGAAAACCCACCCCGAAAUCCGCCCCACUUUUCACCAUAACAAUGUGGAAAAUGAUCAUUGGCCAAAGCAUCUACCAGCUCGCUGUGACAUAUACCCUCUUUUUCGGUGGCGCCCGCAUAUUCAACUACGACACCACAAAUCCUAUUGUCAAACAACAGCUCGAUACUAUCGUCUUCAACACCUUUGUCUGGAUGCAAAUCUUUAACGAAUUUAAUAACCGUCGCCUCGACAACAACUUCAAUAUCUUCGAAGACAUUCUGAAAAACUACUACUUCAUCGGCAUCAACUGUCUCAUGUUCGGCGGGCAGGUCAUGAUCAUUUUCGUUGGUGGCGAAGCCCUCUCCGUCAGACCGAUCACUGGCGUCCAGUGGGCCAUUUCCAUCGGCUGUGCUAUAAUGUGCAUACCCUUCGCCAUUCUGAUACGCUGCUUCCCGGACCCGUGGUUCAAGGUCAUCUUCGAUGGUGUCAUGGGUACGGUAGCAGCUAUUCUGAAGCCCAUCUCCAUGGGCUUCAGCUUCGUGUUUGCGCCAGUCAAGAACGCAAUCCGCUCUUUUGGCCGUUUCUUUUCGCGGAUCUCUUCGAAGAUCUCCGGGCGGAAGGCUCCCGCUGAUGGAGAGCAGGACGAGGAGGCUGCUACUGGUUUAGAAGCCAAAACUCAUCCAACGGUGGCUGCGAAUCCGGCAGUUCCCGCGAUCACAUUGUCUGUUGGCAGCUAA